AUAUGUUAUGUCGGCUGGAGUUGGUCUUUUUCUUCUCCUUUAUGAGCUUGAACAGCAGGCGAAGCAUCUGAAAUUUUCAUCUCUCCUUUUCGAACUUGAACAGCAGGCAAAGGAUCUGAAAUGUUGAAUGAAUGAAUGAAUCCCUUCUUUACUACCUCCGCAGCUUUCUUCCCUCUGCUGCAAACCUAGACGAACAAGGAAGAAGAAGACAAGAAGAAGAAGAAGAAGAAGAAGAAGAGGAAGAGGAAGAGGAAGAGGAAGAGAGGAGGCUAAUAAGUAAGUGGUACAGAAAUCAAUCAACCAAUCAAUCAAUAAAUAAAUCAUGUUCAUGUCUGCAAAAUCGAGAAAGGAGAAGAUCAAAGCUGUAUUCCAAAUGCGCAUUCAAGCAACCCAGGUGCCUCAGCUGAAGGCAAAAGGCCUCAUCCUAUCCAUUCUUCCUGCGGAUGCUGGAAGGCCCACACUCAAAUUAGGAAAGGCUGCCAUAACCCAAGGCUGCUGCUCCUGGGAUGCUCCUGUCCAAGAAACCAUUAGAUUUGAGAAAGAUUCUAAAUCAGGAAUAUUGCAAGAAAAGAUUUACUAUUUUGUCCUCGGGACUAAAUCAUCAAAAUCUGGUUUUCUGGGAGAGGUGGGAAUGGACUUUGCCGAAUUGGCAGAUAUUACUGAACCAGUAUUGUUAUGUCUUCCCCUUAUGCCAGCAGACUCCGGCAUAGUUCUGCAAGUCACAGUGCAGAAGGUGCAAGGAAUAGUCCCCAAUCAAAGGAGAAUAGAAGAAAGUGAUGUUUCGAGAACCGACUCAUAUGAUCACAGAUUGGAAUCAGAGCUGGAAUCAAACUCCGCCCAAGGCGACGAAUUCCACAAAAAUGACAGCCUUAAACAUCUUCCGCGUGAUGAUAUUGAUGUGAAUCAAAACCUUAGUAGUCUUAAGCAGGACUUCAGGCCACAGAAGCCUGCUUUUGGCAUCAAUUCUCUCGAAAGAUAUUCCCAUCAGAGAUCCUCCACAGAUUGCUCUCUGGGUUCAAUCUCAGAUGGAAGUGUAAAAGAUGCAACAAACAGACCCAAGGAAGAUACCCCAAGGGAAGAAACUGAAACAACAAACAGCAUAUUAAAAUUGCAAAAUCAAAUCAAAAUGUUGGAAAGGCAGGCAGAGGUUUCUGAAAUAGAGCUGCAGUCCCUGAGGAGACAAAUUGUAAAAGAAAGCAAAAGGGGACAGGACCUAGUGCAGCAAAUUUUUGACCUGCAAGAGGAGAGAGAUGCACUUAAAACUGAAUGCGAUCAACUUAAGCUAAAAGCUACAGGGGGGCACGCGGGUGAACCAGAUACACUUCCAAGUGAAGUUGAAGAUUUGAGACCACAGUUAGAGGAGUUCAGGCAAGAGCUUGAGCAUGAGAAAAGAUUAAGAAGCAAUUUGAAGCUGAAACUGCAAAAGACAGAGGACUCUUACUCUGAACUUAUUCUCAGGGUAAGGGACCUUAAUGAAGCGUUGGAUAAGAAAAACGAGGAGAUAUCUCAUCUUUCCAGUACAAGGAAGGCAAAUGGAAGUUUCAACUUAAGAAGCAAUCAGAAUGAAGAGAAAGCCAGUGAGAUGUUUGAGAAGGUAAAUGAAUCAGAAGAGCUGAAGCGUACCAUAGAAAAGCUGUCCAAGGAAAUUGAGAUCUACACAAAAGAAAAUGAAGAGCUAAAAGCACAGAAGGACCAACUUGUAAGUGAUUGUGAGAUCCUGAAAAAUGAAAGUAGGGACAUUUAUUCUGAGCUUGAGCAGAGUGAGUUACAAAAAGAGAGACUGCAACAAGAUCACUUUGAAGCAUUGGCCAGCAUAAAGCAGUUAAAGGCACAUGUAGAACAGUUGGAGAAUGAAUUGCAAAGAGAAGCAAUGAAUUACACUGAAUCUUUGGACACAAUAAGCAUGCUAGAAUCUGAAGUCGUGAGCCUUGAGAAGGAGCUGAAGAAACAGGCACAAGCAUUUGAAGAAAAUCUAGAAGCAGCAACUGAAGCCAAAGUUUUGCAGGAACAAAGGGCCAUUAGUUCCGAAGACGCAUUGAAAAGAACAAUGUUAAACCACGCAAGGGCAAGUCAGCAACUUCAGGAAGAAAUCAGAAGGCUUUCUGUUGAGAUGGCAGCUAAAGUUGAUGAGAAGGAUAAACUAGCUAAUGAAGCAGAGGCUCAUGCUAAUGCUCUUUUACAACAGAAUAAAGCUCUUGAGGACUCGCUGCAAGAAGCCAAAAAAGAACUUCAAUUGACAACAGAUCGGUACACGAAAGAGCUGCAUCAACUUUCAAAUCAAAACAAUCAGAUAUUACUGGAGGAGUCAAACAAAAUGCAGGCUUUGAUGGAUGAAAAGAAGAAAACUGAAGAAGACUUACAAGCUGAAAUUAAGAAACUUCAAGUCCUAUACAAUGAUUUGGUGCAUGGGUCAGAACAGUUAAAGUUAGAGAACGAAAACCUGAAGAAGCACGUGUCCAAAUUGCAGAGUCACCUACGUAAGAAAGGACAGGAGAGCAGGCCUUCAAGUGCAGCUAUGGUAGAAGCAAGAAAAGGUAAUGGUGAAUGUUCCCAUUGUGGAGAGAUGGAGUCUCCAGAAGCCUUGUCAGUGGAAAAUGGAAUCAAGAAAAAAGAACAACUAAGUAAAGAGAUUGACUCAAAAAUACCAAAGGUCGUCAAUGGGCAUGCCAGAAGUACAAAUGAUCUCACUGAAUUACAUAAAGAAGUAGCAUUGCUGAGAGAAAAAGACAAGUGUAGGGAAGGCGAGCUUAAGGAAAUGGAAGAGAGAUAUUCAGAAAUCAGUCUCAGAUUUGCGGAGGUAGAAGGUGAGAGGCAGCAACUUGUCAUGACCUUACGCAAUCUGAAGAACGGAAAGAAGAACUAGAAGUGCACUAAAUCCUCUAUGAAUGAAUAUAUAUAGACUACUGAAUUCAAGGCAACUCUCUUUUUUAAAGGCCUGCCUGCAACAUAGCCUGCAACAUGGCCGAGAUAAUCUUGACAUUCAGUCAUACACUCACCCUGUACAAAAAAAAUGUGUUCUUGCUAUGCCCUAGGAAUGCAAAAAUCUGAAACCAUGUACAUGCAUGAGAAAAUAUUACUGCAUAAACAAAUUGCUAAAAUCUUGUGCCUGGAGUGUGAGAACCACUGUCACACCACACCAGCUUAGUUUGCCCUCCACUUCCAUUUGUUGCAAAAGACAGUUUCUGCAUACAGUUAAAGUGGAAUGAUUAAACAGCAACAAUUGAUUAAUUCAUUUUAAAGAUAGGUUUAAAAGAUAUACUCGUUUUGCUUUUUUAUCAACUGGUGUCCGUGUUGAUCUUUCUGAGACAGAAUUCUUUUCAAUCUUAGAUGUUGAUGAUGGCCAUAUAAAACGCUUUUGCUUUUUUUGUUCAUUGGAUUUAUCUGAGGCACACUGUCCUUCGUACUUGAAUUGUUCAAUGAUAGAUGGACUCCUCUUUGUACCCUUUGAUCUAGCCUCUUGGUGUCCAUAACAAGGGGCACAUAAGUUAUGAAGACCAGAAUGCUUGCGUGAUGUACUCUUAUGCCUGAUCCUGUUG